GAAGGAAUUUCAAGAAGAAAUGACAAAAUUUCAUAAUGAAAACUAUGCGAGAUUACUAUUCACCUGAAAAGUCAUAUUCCUUAAUUCGUCUCUCGCUGCAUCUUUUGUGUAUUGUACAACAACAGCAAAAUGAGAAGGCAUGCUUGAAUUAAUGAAUAGCGUAAAAAAACACGAUUUAAAUGCCAAAAUAUUGUGGAAAACUAUUUCAAUCCUUUGAUUCCUCUGUAAACAAAUAAAGAAGUGAUAGGUUGUUUUCAAUGUUUCACAGAAGAGUGAGGUUGUCUUUCAAUAUUUUACCAAUAUAUUUAUAUUGAGUUCAUUGUAUUUUUAUUUUACGUACUUUUACUUCCAGGGUCGCGGUAAUCUUGCACGCACGCGACCUAUUCAAGUGAAGUUCCCCAACCUAACCUCAAAAUAAUAAUCGAAUUAAAACAAUGUUGGUAUCAUGGACGUAUAAAUAUGGUGUAAACAUGCGUUAACUAAGGUGUUUGGUCUGACUUUGGUCAGAUCACCUUGGUUAGCAUACCAAAAUAUCCAUACGGUACGGUAUACACGUGACCACAGAUUGACAAUAUACAAUAUAUCUUCAGUAUAGGUAGAAAAUCAUCUUUUGUUCUGAAACCUUUUUCUUAUAAAUUAUAUGAAAAUUCACAUAUGGGAGUUUAGAUUUAAAACUCUAUGUAAAAAAAUCCUGAUAUGAUUGUAUUCUAAUAAAGAUACAGGGCACUGUCUAAAAUGAUGUUUGUUUUCUUUCCAUUUCCACUACAUAGUUUGGCAACAGUGUCGACAAUAAUUAAUAUAGUGGUGUUUGGUUUUGGUAAGACUGGUAAGAGAAACACAGCAAAAGUGUUUCGAAACAUUACGGAAACUAAUUACUAGACACUUUUGAAUGCGUAUGAUUUACAACUUAUCUUAUCUCACUGCAGCGGUAGUAGAUAUACUUAGUUCUUAGUUCACGAGAAGAUAAGAAACCACGGAGUCCAAGUCGUCAAGAUUUACUACCUAAGUCAAACAAUGUCGCUCGGGAAUCUUCAUGUAAUCAAACAAAGCAAUAAAGUAUGCAGCGCAUCAGUCAUAUUCCUACACGGUUCAGGAGACACAGGCCAAGGGUUACUGAACUGGGUGAAAUUCCUGAUAGGAGACGCCGCUACUCACCCGCAUAUAAAGUUCUAUUUUCCCACCGCCCCACUGAGACCUUACACGCCAAUACAGGGUGAACUUAGCAAUGUUUGGUUCGACAGGUACAGCAUCACCCCGGAUGUUCCGGAGCACCAGGAAACUCUUGAAUCUGCCGGAGAGGCUAUCAAGAAUCUGAUAGAAGACAUUUCCAAAAAGGACAAUGUUCCGCUUAAUAGAAUCGUCGUGGGAGGUUUCUCAAUGGGUGGAGCCCUGGCCCUACACACUGCUUACAGAUUUGUCCCAGGCUUGGCAGGCGUUUUUACAUUAUCCUCAUUUCUCAACAACAAUUCUGCACUAUUGAACAAUGCCAAACACUUGGACAUCCCCCUGUACAUGUGUCAUGGAGAUCGAGACUCUAUGGUGCCAAUUUCUUGGGGCCAAAAAACUUACAGAGAUUUAACUCAACUGGGCAUAAAGGCAGACUUUAUAACAAUAAAGAACACGAUGCAUGAACUGAAAAAGCAUGAAAUUUUGGGACUCUAUGAAUGGCUACAGAAAAUAGUACCCUUGCAGGAAACAUAAUUGUUGGAAUAUUUUAUUGUUGAUUGUUUAUUUGUGCCAUUAAAAAAUUUGUAUUUAUUCAAUCAAGAGACAAGAACAAAAGAAAAAUGUGGGUAGGUAGAAGUAGUAUAAGAUUUAUUGAAUUUGAGACAAGAAACAAUCUGUGCAUAUUGAAUGAAAUAAAACUUGAUAUAAAAAAGUGAGAGAAUCUAUCAAUUGUAAUACCUCCUAAAAAUAACCUAUUGCAACUUCUUCUACAAGAUUCCCAAUGAUCUUUCAACCAUAGCAUGAGGCUGUCCAGAUAGCUCUAGGAACUCUGGAGUAUUGAAUACAUCUUCUGGACCCACUUCCAAGUCCCUGCCAGUCAAAAUGUCAUGCAUGAUGUUAGAGGAGGGCAAAAACUGCAGUCUACCAAUCUUUUUAGCAGAUUUCAAUUCCAUUGCUAUUCUUAAGGGAGCAUGUAAACCUUGUGUGUUUCUCAACAUGGUCAUGUUCAUUUUAUCAAUAUUAUUCCUGUACUGAA